GCGGGGGCAGGAGGAUCUACUGGCUAGUUAUUCUCACUGCAGGAGCCCUAAUGAAAGGUCAUACUAAAGCUUGGUCAUACUAAAUGAAAUGAAAUGAAAGGUCAUACUAAAGCUCAUGAUUUUAACACCAGAAGGGACAAUUAUGAUCCCUGUUCCAACCUAGCACAAAUCAUAGAACUAACCAGAAAUCCCCACAUUAAGCCCAUACCUUCUGGUUAAGGUAGAACCCAGUUUCUAGUCUGAAUUUGUCUAACUUCAGCUUCCAGCUAUUGGAUCUGGUUAUGCUUUUGUCUGCUAAAGUAAAGAGCCUUUUACUAUGAGAAAUUUUCUCCAUCUAGGUACUUAGACUGAUCAAAUUGCCUCUUAGACCCUUCAGAAGCUUGAUGCAAAGAUUGUGGUUGCAGCACAAAACUGUUAUAAGGUGCCAAAGGGAGCUUUCACAGGAGAGAUCAGCCCAAUGAUAAAGGACAUAGGAGCCACCUGGGUGAUCCUGGGCCACUCAGAGCGAAGACAUGUUUUUGGGGAGUCUGAUGAGCUGAUUGGGCAGAAGGUGGCCCAUGCCCUGGCUGAAGAUCUUGGUGUCAUCACCUGCAUUGGAGAGAAACUGGAUGAGAGAGAAGCUGGCAUCACAGAGAAGGUGGUUUUUGAACAGACCAAAACAGACAUGUUUGCCGAUAACAUGAAGGACUGGAGCAAGGUGGUUCUUGCCUAUGAGCCAGUUUGGGCUAUUGGAACUGGUAAAACUGCAACUCCCCAGCAGGCUCCAGAGGGUCAUGAGAAGCUGAGGGGAUGGCUACAAAGUCAUGGGUCUAAAACUGUCACUCGGUUCAUCUAUGGAGGUUCAGUCACUGGUGGUACCUGCAAGGAACUGGCCUCCCAGCGUAACAGACUGCUUCCUCGUUGGCAGCGCCUCCCUUACGCCUGAAUUCCUGGACAUCAACGCAAA